UGCGGAAGAGAGGUCCGCGGGCGCCAUUUUUAAUAGACCAGAAGUUAGCUGCUUAGCUAGCGUUAGCUGUUUAUUCGCUGAAACUUUUAAACACAAACGUCAACCCAAAUAAGGUGUCUAUCUUCUAUCCAGCUACUGAAAAUGAAUGUAGUGGAUCAUGUACGGGACAUGGCAGCGGCUGGUCUCCACUCCAACGUCCGGAUAUUGAGCAGCUUGUUGUUGACGAUGAGUAAUAAUAACCCAGAGUUGUUCUCCCCCGCCCAGAAGUACCAGCUCUUGGUUUACCAUGCUGAUGCCAUCUUCCACGAUAAGGAGUACCGCAAUGCUGCCUGUAAAUACAGUAUGGCACUUCAACAGAAGAAAGUGCUCAGCAAAACAUCCAAAGUUCGUACCUCUGCAGGUGGAGCUGCAGCGAACCUUCAGGCACAGAGUCUUCCUUCCGAGAUUGAAGUAAAGUACAAGAUAGCUGAAUGUUAUACGAUCUUAAAACUGGAUAAAGAUGCCAUUGCAGUGCUGGAUGGGAUCCCGUCCCGACAACGGACUCCAAAGAUCAGUAUGAUGCUAGCUAACUUGUACAGGAAAGCUGGGCAGGAACGCUCGGCAGUGACGAGCUACAAAGAAGUCCUCCGACAGUGCCCCCUGGCUAUGGAUGCGAUCAUUGGCCUUUUGUCUUUAUCAGUGAAAGGAGCUGAAGUGGCGUCCAUGACUAUGGACGUCAUCCAGAGUGUCCCCAACCUGGAUUGGCUGUCUGUGUGGAUAAAGGCGUAUGCCUUCAUACACGCCGGUGAUAAUCAAAGGGCCAUCAACACCAUUUGUUCUCUGGAGAAGAAGUCUUUAUUACGGGACAAUGUGGACCUCCUGGUAAGCCUGGCAGAUGUCUACUUCAGGGCAGGUGACACAAAGAACGCCAUUCUGAAAUUUGAACAAGCCCAGAUGCUGGACCCGUAUCUCAUUAAAGGAAUGGACGUCUAUGGCUACUUGCUGGCCCGAGAAGGACACCUCGAAGAUGUUGAGGUUCUGGGAGGGCGAUUGUUCAAUAUUUCAGACCAGCACGCAGAACCUUGGGUGAUUUCAGGUUGCCACAGCUUCUACAGCAAGCGCUACUCCAGAGCGCUUUACCUCGGCGCCAAGGCCAUCCAGCUGAACAGCAACAGCGUGCAGGCUCUCCUCCUGAAGGGGGCGGCAUUGAGAAACAUGGGCCGCGUCCAGGAGGCCAUCAUCCAUUUCCGCGAGGCCAUGCGCUUGGCGCCGUGCCGACUCGACUGCUACGAAGGUCUGAUCGACUGUUACCUGGCGUCCAAUGGCAUCAGAGAGGCCAUGGGGAUGGCCAAUAACAUCUACAAGACCUUAGGGGCCAACGCACAGACCCUCACCAUCUUGGCCACCGUGUGCCUGGAGGACCCCGUGACGCAGGAGAAAGCCAAGACUUUACUGGACAAAGCUCUGGCUCAGAGGCCCGACUACACGAAGGCCGUGGUGAAAAAGGCCGAACUACUAAGUCGAGAACAGAAACACGAAGAAGGCAUCGCUUUGCUUCGCAAGGCCCUAGCCAAUCAGAGCGACUGUGUGCUGCACAGGAUGCUCGGAGACUUCCUGGUGGCGGUUAAUGAUUACCAGGAGGCCAUGGAUCAGUAUAGCAUCGCGCUAAGUCUGGACCCAAAUGAUCAGAAGUCCCUGGAAGGCAUGCAGAAAAUGGAGAAAGAAGAGAGUCCCACGGACGCCACGGUGGAGCUGGACGGCGACGACAUGGAGGGCAGCGGUGAAGACGGCGACCUGGAGGGCAGCGACAGCGAGGCGGCACAGUGGGCCGACCAGGAACAGUGGUUUGGGAUGCAGUGACGCAAGGCCGCCACGAGGGGGACUGACACGGCGGAAUCGCACCGCGGCAGUUUUCAUUUCAUUUUCGAAAACACAAGAUCAGUAUUAAGUCCACUCAUUUGUUACUGAUUUUUUUUUUGAACAUCGAUGCUAACUAUGCCUUGUUUGCUAACGCAACCCGGAAUUAAAUGAAGCAUCAUUGUGAAAAAUGCUAUAUAACGAUAUUUACAUUAUUAUUAUUAACAUUCAAUCAGUGGUGUCUGGUGAUAUUUGAUACAUUUUGGUAUAUAUCGUCAUGUCGGAAUGCAUAAAUGUAAAUAUUUUUUAACUGUACAAUUAAAAUCAAGUGUGUUGAUGUGGA